AUGCUGGACACACUUGUUGGACAGGGAUUCCGAGGGCCUUCAGCAGAUGUCUUGAGGACAGAGUGGCUUCCCAAGCUUAAGUCUGAGAUUUUGCAGAGAACGGAGGAGAUCGAAAAGGAUUGGGUGACUACAGGCUGUACUAUAUUAGCUGAUUCGUGGACUGACAACAAACUGAAAGCCCUGAUCAACUUCUCUGUGUCGUCUCCGCUAGGGACGUUCUUCCUCAAAACAGUAGAUGCCUCUCCACACAUCAAAAAUCACAGAGGGUUGUACGAUCUCUUUGAUGAAGUGAUUCAGGAAGUUGGUCCAGGCAAUGUUGUUCAGAUUAUCAGUGAUAGGAAUAUAAACUACGGCAAUAUAGAUAAGCUCAUCAUGCAGAACUACAACACCAUAUUUUGGUCUCCCUGCGCUUCUUUUUGUGUAAACUCAAUGUUGGAUGAAUUCUCCAAGAUUGAUUGGGUUAACCAAUGCAUCUGUCAAGCACAAACAAUCACAAGAUUUGUCUACAACAACAAUUGGGUUCUUGAUCUUAUGAGGAAGUGCAUGGAAGGGCAGGAGCUUGUUUGCUCUGGGAUUACAAAGUCUGUUUCAGACUUCCUCACUCUGCAAUCACUGCUGAGGCACAGAUCAAAGCUGAAGCAAAUGUUUCACAGCCCUGAAUAUGUAUCUUCUUCAUAUGCAAAUAGAUCCCUAAGUAUUUCCUGCGUUGAGAUCCUCAAUGAUGAUGAGUUAUGGCGAGCAGUUGAAGAGAUAGCGGCUGUUUCAGAACCUCUGUUGAGAGUCAUGAGGGAUGUCUCAGGAGGCAAGGCAGCUAUUGGUUAUAUAUAUGAGUCUAUGACAAAGGUGAUGGACUCAAUUAGAACAUACUAUAUAAUGGAUGAAGGCAAAUGCAAGUCAUUUCUGGAUAUUGUGGAGCAAAAAUGGCAAGUAGAGCUGCAUUCGCCUCUUCAUUCAGCAGCUGCUUUCCUGAACCCAAGCAUCCAGUAUAAUCCAGACAUCAAAUUUUUAUCUACUAUCAAAGAGGAGUUCUACAAUGUCCUGGAUAAAGUGCUUACAGCCCCAGACCAAAGGCAUGGUAUCACUCUGGAACUGCAUGCUUUCAGCAAGACACAAGGAAUGUUUGCCUCUAACAUUGCUAAAGAGGCCCGCAACAACACCUCCCCAGGUAUUUGGUGGGAGCAAUACGGUGAUUCAGCGCCAGCAUUACAACACGUUGCUGUCAGAAUAGCGAGUCAGGUCUGCAGCACCCUGACCUUCCAAAGGGACUGGAGCAUCAUCCUUCAGAGCCACUGCGAAAAACGCAACAAGUUAGACAAGGAGGCAUUGGCCGACCAAGCGUAUGUGCACUACAAUCUCACGCUCCACUCCGAGUCCAGAAUGGCUACGAAGAAGAAAGUGGACGGGGAUCCGAUCGCUCUGGACCAUAUCGACAUGACCUCGCCGUGGGUCGAGGAUUCGGAUAGCCCAAACUUCACCCAGUGGCUGGACAGGUUCCCAUCAGCCUUGGAUGGUGGAGACCUGAACACCAGGCAGUUUGGUGGAUCCAUCUUUGGCACUAACGAUAAUCUUUUCAAUUUAUGACAGUUUUCAGUCUGAAGUCUGACAGUUUGCUGGUUUUGUUGUACAAGUGCUCACUGUAUGUCUUCUGAUCUUUAUGUAGUUCAAUCCUCCAUAGACUAGGUUCUAGAUUUAUAUCAAGGUGAACCAUAUCCGUUACUCAUAUUUAGGCUUAAACAUAUCAACCUGGAGUAUGAAUGAUGAUUCUGAAAA